CAAUGUCAGUAGUACAAUUUGUUCUUCGGUAAUAUGGUUAAUUGUUCGUGUUAUAACAUAAAUGUUUUAUGUAUGCUCAAUUGAGCAACGUUGAACAUUGAUGAUGUCCAGAUUAAAUUUCCGUAUGUGUCAUAAUUGUGAAUACGAUCAAUUAGAAAAUAUGUACAUUUGGUGCAAAAAACGUAUUCUUCUCGGUCCAUUGACCGAUGAAUCUUUGGAAAACAAAGAUAAAAAGUUUUGAAGGAAGAUCGACUUUGUUUAAACAAUCUAUGAAAAAUUAUGUGAGAGCAACAAAAUUUUACUCGUAAUUGCCUAAUUUUUGUGCGUGAUAUCAAGUAUACCUCACGUAUGACAAAUUAAUGCAGCUGUAAUUUUUAACUAUGCAAGCUGCAAUGCGAUUUGUAUUAAUUUUAAUCACAAUCUACUGUAAAUAGGGAAAAGGACAAAAAGUAUCAAUGCUUUAUAAACUUCCUUGGAAUAAGAAAAUGUUGCCAUACUAAUAAAUCUUUAUAAGACUGUUCAAUGAUUAAUUUAUGUAUUUUUAAACUAAAAAUACUUUACUUAAAUACUUGUUAUUCGGCAUGGAAGUUGUUUGGAAGAAUAUAAAAUUUAAAUAUAUAUUUGCCUGCAUUUUAAUUACAUUUAUUAUUUCAUGCCUGAUAAGUAUUGCACCUAUAAGUAUUGAUGAAUGCAAGUGCGAAGUGGCUACACAAUCAAGUCAAUACAGUAAUAAUAAAUGGCAGAGUAAUGAUAAUAAAAUUUACAAAAAGAACUUACAUCGUUUAGCUAUACUUGUGCCAUUUCGAGAUCGUUUUGAAGAAUUACUGAUAUUUGCUCCACAUAUGAAAAAAUUUUUAGAUAAACAAAAUAUAAAUUAUCACAUAUUUGUACUUAAUCAGGUUGAUAGAUUUAGAUUUAAUCGGGCCUCUCUUAUAAAUGUAGGCUUUCUUGAAAUUAACAAAGAGUUUGAUUAUAUAGCUAUACAUGAUGUAGACUUGUUGCCUAUAAAUGAUGAAUUAUUAUAUUCUUUCCCUAAUAAGAGCCCAUACCAUAUAUCUUCCCCAGAAUUACAUCCUAGAUACCAUUAUACAACUUUUGUUGGUGGAAUAUUACUUAUUAAAAGAGAACAUUUUAUACAAGUGAAUGGAAUGUCUAAUAAAUAUUGGGGAUGGGGUCUUGAAGAUGACGAAUUUUAUGUUAGAUUGAAAGAAGCUGGAUUAAGUGUUAUAAGACCACAAAAUAUAUCUACUGGAACACACAACACAUUCAAACAUAUACAUGACAGAAACCAUAGGAAGCGAGAUAUGAUAAAAUGUUAUAAUCAACGGGAAGUUACUAGAAAACGAGAUCGUCAAACUGGCUUAAAUAACGUUUCUUAUAAAAUAUUAGGUAUGAUUACAAUGACUAUUGAAGAUACUCCAUUAACAGUCAUUAAUAUUUCUCUAAUGUGUGAUAAAAUGAUUACACCUUGGUGCGAAUGUGAUAAAAUACUUGGAUCCAAGGAUGGAAAAUCAAAGGAGAAAAAGAAAGUUAAUAAUAACAAGUCUGCCACUGGAUUAUAAUUAUUCUAAUAAAAAUUGUGUUAAAAGAAAAAAGAAUAUAUAUACACAUACGUAUAA